CGUCGAGCCUCGUACGGCGGGACAGAGCGGGGGUUGCGGCGUAAGAGUCGGGGCCCUGAGGGCCCCUCGCUCCGGUGUUCGGGCCCGGUAUGGGAGCGGAGAGGGGCUCGAGGGGGCAAAGGCACAUUCCAAGGCAGAACGGCUGCCAGUGAAGGUGGAAGACACGAACAGUCUCUCACGAUAUUGCGCUCCGUUCCUAUCCCAGGUCGCUUCCUUUCUUCCAGAGUGCUCGUCGUUUUCACCCGUCCCCGUGGGACCGUGUCGUGUGUGCCGUGCCGUGUCGUGCUGUGCCUUGCCGUGCCGUGCCGUGCCGUGCCGUAUCGUACAGUGCAAGUGCCGUUCCUUCCUUCCUUCCUUCCUUUCUUUAUUCCUUUAUUCCUUCUUUCUUUCCUUCAUGUUGUACGAGACGCGACGCGAUGCGAGUCGACUCUCGGAAUCGAAUUAACGAGAAUUCGCGGUGGACGCUGAGCAGAGAGGCAGCAUGCAUGGGAUAGAGUGUUCCGCGGCAAAGCGCGCCGGGUGUACGUGUACGCUCGUCUUUUUUGGCGCCACGCGUGUCGUUCAACGUUUCGAAAAUGCUCACGCCUACUUACGCGCCACGGUAUUCCAGUGGGAAGAGCAAGGAGAAGAGAGUUCGCGUCGAAAAUAGACAUUUGCCUCGUGUUCAGAUCCGUGGCCCGAUCGUCGGGCAUGCGGAAGGAGCGUCACCGGGAGACAGUGAUUGAGAGGAUCCGCCAGACGGGGAGCACUUGAAUAUUCGAUCGCGCAGGUCCCAUUACGAUGUCCCAACCGCAAUUAACCACGGAUCUGGACGUUGCGGAAAAUCCGCAACACUCUUGCCAAUGCUCGGCGAUGAGCAGCAUGGAUUCCAUGAGAGCGCAGAGGGACAGAGGGGAGCGGGGCGUGGGAAGCACAAGAAUUUCCAACAACCAGGAACUGCCCAGGGGUUUGGAGGCGCUUCAGAGCGCCUUCGAGCCGAUAAGAAGGCUGGAGAGCCCGUUGUCCCAUCACCAUCAGGAAGGGCAACAGAUGAAUUUGGAGAAUAGCAGGGGGGUGGACAUGUUGGAGCACCAGACGGGGAGUGCGAGGACGAUGGAGGGCCAGGGCGCGAUUCUGUCGAGACACGGUCACAACAUUUCGUGCAGCCCGGGAAGGAACUUGGAUCUUUCCCGAAACUUGGCGUUCGAGGCGGCGCGAAGAGUUCAGGAAUCCGGCAACUUGCAGGAUAACCAGCACAGCCUAACUUCCAGCCCCAGCCCCUUGUUGGAGUCGGGCACAGCUCUGCUCGACGCGUCCGCCAAAGAUCUGGACAAGCAGCUCGAGGAGCACGGCGGCCAAUUGUCGCAGAAAGCCGCGACCGCGGGCGGCAAGGAGAGCAAGCUGAAGAGCAUUCAGCAGGUUCUGAACCCUUAUCAGCAUCAUCACGAGGCCGAGCGCGCGCCCGUCCACGGCCAUUUCCACGGCGACGCGCACGCGCACGUCCACAAGCACGCGGACAAUUUUCGCGGGGCGGCGAAUUUGGACGUGGGGGACGGAUUGAUGGGAGGAUUUCAGCGGCAGCACACCCAUCAUCAUCACGGGGGCGCGAAAACCGCGAGCGUGGGCCACCAUCACGGGCCAACGGGGGCCGUGCACCAUUCGCACGGGCCCCAACCUAUGCCCGGCCAUCAUCACGGAAAUCUCGCCAGCCACGUGCACGGCAACGUGGCCGGCCCCCCCCUGCCCGGUUCCGCGGGGCAAAAUGCGGCGGGAAACCCGAGCGGCCAUCACCAUCCGAAUCCUUUGCCGAGCUCCGCCGCGAUGAGCGUGCACAGAAAUUCGCCGACCAACCAUCACCGUCUGGCCGGCGGCGGAGCUCACUAUCCCUCCAACCCGGGCUUCUCCAGCGAUCACCACGGCACCACCUCGAGCGCGAUGAGCGGGGCCUCCUCCAACUCGAGCAUGUUGAAUCACGGUGGGUCGCCGGCGGUUCACAGGCACGUGGUGAACGCCAACAGCAGCCUGUCCACCACCCCGCUCGCUAGCCAUCAUCAUGGCAGUUCGUCGGGAAGUUUGACCGGGCAUUCCGUCACCGUGAAUCACCAUCACGUUAGUUCUGGGAUAUCCUGUGAGUCUUCCUCGUCAAACGCCAAUACGAGAACGCAUAGUCGUUUAGAUCACGUCCACGAUCAUCAUCAUCAUUUACAACAAGUGCAUUCGUUGCACCCUAGCCACCCGGAUGCCCGGCAAAGGGACAGAGCUCCGUCGAGCCUCGAGCAUCACGGCCAUCAUCACGGCCACGUGCACACCCACGGCGGCCAUCAGCAUCCGCAGAAUAACGAUACCAAAAACGCGUCCAUCAUCGGGGUCGACUCGAUACAGGUGUCGGCUCCCUCGAAAAGUAAGUGCCAAUGUCACGUGGUGCAAGGUGGAGGAGGAAACAAGAGAGGGCAGGAGGGCGAAAGCGACGGAGGCGUCGAGGUAACGUCAAGAACGCAUCAACCGCCCGCGCUACCUCCGCGGCCACCUCCUAGGCCGACCAGACGAUACGAGACGACGUCCGUCGAUCAAUGCCACACGGGGGAAGGUGGUUGCUGCAAGAAGUACGUUGUCCUUUGUUGCCUUUGUGGCGGGCUGAGCGCUGCGGUUGGCAGCCUCUUUUUGGCGGUGCACGCGGUCCUUUCAGCCCACACGGCCAGCCUGGCCCUCUUUGAGACUGUACCAUCCUACAUUCCCGGCAUAAUGUUAAUCCUAAUGGGUCUGUUCACCAUGUUACUCGCAAGACGGAAGCACAGAUACGGACUUUUGAUGAAAGUGUGCGGUUCCGUAGGGGUGGUGUGCGCGUUGGUGUGCGUGCUCGUCACCGUCACGACGACGGUGAUACACAUGUCCCGGCUCCAAGGUCUUCGAAAAUGCGUUUACACGGUGAAAGCGAGGUCGUGCACGUGUUACGGGGCGCCGGAAGGAGAUCCAGGAGUGCUGUUCGAGGGUACGCCCCACUGCGAGGCGGUGCACGGCGCCCUGCACGCCUGCCUCAGGGCCCUGUUCGGCGUCUCGGUGGCCGGUAUCCUCGCCUGCAUAUUUUCCUGCAUGCUCGUCUACCAACUGUUGAGUCACGAGAAGAAGAAGAUGUAUUGGGAGCAGUUGGAAUUGAGAUGCAGAUCGUUGUACGGGCAAGGAGGCGGCGUCGGGCCGGCGGCCGGGUCGUGCGGCUGCUGCAACGAUUGCGGAGGAGCGAGCCCUUGGUGGGCCCAGACGCCGGGAAAUCUUUACACCCCGAAUCCCGACUUGGCGCCGUCCAGGAGAUGGCGGCUGCCUUGGUCGAGGUCCAGGGGUCCAGCGCCGAGCCCAGACUCGAAUUAUGGCUUUCACACUCAGGCAAGGCAGACGGAGGCCAACGUGGAGAGCACGAACGGCCCUUACAGCGUUCUUAAUUCCCAAUCGAGCGGCCCCUACUCCGUUUUGAACACGCAGAACGGCCCGUACACCCCGAGCACGGCUUCUUACAGCGUUCUCGAGACCCCGGUUCCGCUGUGGGGGCCGCCGCCACCUUACAGCGACCCCAACAGCCCCGCUAGACGGCCCCAAGUAGCCGAACAAAGGCCCAGAAUCGCGAAACGAAUAGAGAACUUCGAGAACAAUGAGGAUCACAGAUCGAGGGCAGCGAAACGACCGUCGGACAAUUACGAAAACGCCGAAGAGAUAUCGAACAGCACCGAUCCGGAAGGAGGGAACGAAGGCACGAUGAAGGGUAGACGGGCGAGGAAGCCUUUGAAGGGCGUGGAGAACGGGGCUUUCCAACAGGAGGCGAACGCCGGCCCGAAACAGUCGGAGAGCGAACUGUAUUUCGGCGACGUGUCCUCGUGUUGCGGGCCCGAAAGCAGCUUCUACGAUUUGGCGGUGGAGAAGGAAGGUACGGAGCAUUCCGAGGGGGUGGAUUACUUGGCGGCUCGGCUAGGGAAACGGCAGUUGUCCAAGAGGUCGCGAAUGCCGCUCCCGUUGCCGUCGGACGGCGGUGACAUACCGUCGGACAAUUACGCGAACAGCGACGAGCCAAGAAGCGCGAGAGGCCCGUAUCUCGCGCCCGACGCGCAGUACGAGGUGAUCCAGCAGGGCCGUUACUCUUAUUACGCGUCGUCCAAGGACGACGAGCAGCUUCAGGAAGGGCCAGCCGCUUCGGGAUACUUCAGGGAGGAGGAGGCGGAGAGGGGGAGGGAUUACAGGGAUUACAGAGGCGGGCAGCAGGAAGAGGAGACGCCACAGUGCUGCCUGAGCGACUCGACCACGUUGGACUCGGGUUGGCAAAGUGGCGAGCAACAGCAAUCCGACGAUAACGUUAGACCGGUCAACGUGUGAUUUAUCGCUCGUGAGAAGGACGGAGAAAUGGAGUGGUUUAAUUAAAUUAAACGUUUGGGGUGGGGAAUAAAAGAGACCUCGUGGUAAGGGAGACCUCGGAUUCAUCGUACAAUUUAUUAUACUUUGAUUUGUAAGGGAGAGAGAGAGAGGAUGGUUGAAAAUUGUGCAUUACACGUAGACUUUCUUUUGUAUUUAUAGGCCAUGCAGGUGUUCUUAAUCGAAAUAGAUCCGAAAUAAGCGUACGAAACAGAACUAGGGAUAUUGUCCACGGAAAGAAGAAUAGGAAAGAUGGCGGCGAAGAGUGCAAAAAUUUAUCGUAAAAAAGAGAGAGAGAGGGGAUGGUUGAAAAUUGUGCAUUACACGUAGACUUUCUUUUGUAUUUAUAGACCAUGCAGGUGUUCUUAAUCGAUCUGUCUAUCCGAAAUAAACGUACGAAACUAGGGAUAUUGUCCAUGGAAAGAAGAGUAAAAAAAAUGGCGGCGAAGAGUGCAAAAAUUUAUCGUAAGAAAGAGAGAGACAGGAUGGUUGAAAAUUGUGCAUUACACGUAGACUUUCUUUUGUAUUUAUAGGCCAUGGAGGUAUUCUUAAUCGAAAUAGAUCUGUCUAUUCAAAGGAAAUUGUCCAUGGAAAGAAGAGUAAAAAAGAUGGCAGCGAAGAGUGCAAAAAUUUAUCGUAUUUAAAGAUAAAGAAAUAGACACGUAAGCGAUGUGAUUCGUGGUACGGUAUAGCUUAAAACGUAAACCUUGAUUAUUAUUAGAGCGUAACGAUCGGAUGUAAGAGAAUGCACGCGUUGAAUCGUGCUUUUCUCGCGAUUUACGUAUAAUUAUUAUUAUUAUUAUUAUAAUUAUUACUACUACUAAUAUUAAUAUUAAUACAAGUCUGAAAAAGGGGUUAGAAAAAGAGUAGUUUAUACGUGAAAAAGUUAAUCGUGCGAGAGAUCCUGCGUAACGAUGUAUUUUUAUUAAUUAAACGAUGUCGCCCGUGUUGUUCGUAACCGCUAAAAAAUUGUGUGUUGGUAAAAAGAAAGAAAGCGAGCGAGAGAGAGAGAGAGAAAGAGUUAAAUUUAAUAGUCUCGUAAGCGAUGAGUCGAAGGAAAGGUCUCUGAGAAGAAAAAAAAAAAGAAAGAAUAUCCAAUUUGAUGCACUAUCCAAUUAAAAAAGAAGAGACCUUUGCUUUGGCAAUUCGUUAGAAACGUCCAUGUACAAACGUGUGCUUUAUUCUUGCCAAUAUCUGGUUAGAUAUUCGAUUUCGCACUUAGACGUUAAUUGUCGGGAAUAUAUUUACCGUGUCGAUCCCAAGUUCCAAGUGUGAGCACGUUAUUUUUUAUCGUAUUAUUCUCGAUCACUGCCAUUCCGAACGAAUCGUUCCUUUUUUUCGCAAAAUCCGUACGUGGAAAAUGAGGAAAAAAUGCGUUUGCACGUCCACGAUUUAUCGAACGAACGUCUCCUCACGAAUCUGUCUGUUCGAAAUUUUACGAUUUUUUUUCUAUUUUUUUUUUUUUUUUUUAAGGAAAGUAUUUAUCACGCAAUAUAUAUACUGAUAAGCAAACAAACCCGUGAUGUUAGCUUCGUCGAGCUUCUUUUUUUUUGUAAGACCAGAUUCGAUUUCGAUGAUACAAUCCCGGUGGACCAAGAACGACGAUAUAAUAAAACAAAAAAAGAGAGAUAUUGAUUUUUACCGAAUUAAUAUAUUACAAAAGGGAGAAUAUCGAUCGAGAAUAUUGCCGUUCGUUAAGAUAACACAGAUGUAUGCAGAUAUUUUGUAAUUGAAAGAGAGAAGAGGGAGAAAAAAGAAGAAGAAGAAGAAGAAGAAGGCCAGCUUAAAGGAAUAGUUUAACGUUGUUUACUCGAUAAAGUGUACCUUAAGAGCGGAUAAUGUAGCAAGUCGAACGAUACAUUGUCGAACGAUGUAACUAACAAUGAUUGGAAAAAAAAAAGGAGAAGAAAAGAAAAGAAAAAAAAAAAAA